AUGCGAGCCUCGGCGAUCUCUCCGGCAGCGGCGGCGGCGCCUCCUCCCGGGGAGGGGUCGGGGCGGGGCGCGCCGGAGCCCCGGGGGAGCCCCUCGGGGCGUUCACACGGCAGCUCCACGGGCGACGCGCGGUUUCCUUCGCCCAGCGCUCGCUGGCAGCCUGGAUCGGGGCUGGGGGCUGCUCUUCGCCCGGCCCGCAGCGUUCGCUCCGCCCGGCUCCCGCAUCCACACACGCGCGCACACACGCAGGCGUCCUGCCUUGUCAAUCCGCGCGGCCGCGACACGCGAGGAACGGUUGCGGCGCACGCCUCGCCUGGACGAACACCCCCCCCCCAGCCCAGGAGACGCGUGUCCCCGAGACGGCUGGACUCCCGCGAGCAGGUAGAGGAGAGGAGGGGAGUUUAAAAACAUAUAAACCCUCCAUACUCAUUUUCCUACAUCAGCGUGCUUAGUCCUGACUGGAGUCAUCAAGGGGGGAGGGAGAGUUUCUCUGAACAUGUGCAGAGGGCCGCAGUGUUUCAGUUCCUUAGGUGUGUGGGGUUUUUUCCUGCAUCUAUAGCUCAUCUUUUAUCUCCAUGGAGCUCAAGGCGGCGCGUGUGAUUCUUCCCUCUCCCCCCCCCCCCACACUUUCAUCCGCCCAACAACCCUGCGAGGCAGGUUAGGCUGAGAGAGGCCGUGACUGGCUCAAGGGCAGCCCGCGAGCUUCAUGGUCGCGUGGGGAUUUGAACCCUGGUCUCCCAGUCUGGCGCUCUAACCACUACACCACACUGUCACCUUGGUUAUUGUUUUGUAGGCGGGAGGGCGGUUUCUAAGGAGACUUGGACCAAAGGUCUGCCUUUGUGAAAGGAAGUUUUAUCCGUUGAUAUGGAUGGAAAAGCCAGGGUAUCUCUGUAUCUCUUAAAAAAAAAACAAAAAAAACCCCAGGUGUUGGGGAUUGAACCUGCAAUUGGGGUUGUUUGCCUUCCCUUGUCCCACUUUUCCACCUGGCCAGUCCAGCUAGUUGGCACAUCUGGGAAGAAAUACAAAAGUGGAACCAACCACAGCUCAGGGGUAGAGCAGAAACUUCAUCUGUAGGAGGUCCCAGAUCCAAUUCCCCAGCAUCUCCAGCAAAAGUUGGGAAAGACCAUUAUCUGAAACUCUGGGGAGCCGCUUCCCAAUGGUGUAGACCUGGUGUGUAGAACCUUCGUGCCCUCCCCCCAUUUCUCUGUUCUUAUAUUGGGUUGGCGAAGGUCUGUGGGAUGGUGGAACACCUGCUUUGCACAUAGAAUGUCCCAAGUCCAAUCCCCAGGUUGUGCUGGGAGAGACACCUGACUUCAAUCCUGAAAGCUGCUGCCAUUCUAUGCCUCCACAGCCAGAAGCAUUCUGCCUUUGAAUACCAAUCGUUGGGGAUCGCAGGUGAGGGAAACAAUUUUGCAAAAAUGGGUAACCAGAAAUCAGGUCUUAUCUUAUAGAUCUCCAUUGGGAUCAUGUCUUCUCCUGGAGCUUUAUUAGCUGGUUGGCUUGCGAUUAGCCUCUUAAUCUGAUUGGGCGUGACAUCUGGCCAUUCUGGUAGUUCUAAUAACUGAGUAAACUUGUGGGGGUGAGUCAGGACAGGGGCCAUAUAUUCCUGUAAAAUAUGUCACCCUAACCUUUCCUUGGACAGAUGCUUCUAACGAGUAGCCCAGCCCAUUUGUACCUUGGGCAACCAGAUGCCAAAAUUUCCAUGAGUCCUUUUGAAGUGCUGUGUCUCCCAAUGCUUUCCACUGUUGUUCAUAAUAUAUUUGUUUCUUGCUUUUAAGUACUAAUUUAUAAUUGUAUCGUAAUUGGGCUACCUCAGCUUGUAGAGCAAGAUUGUGCUUAUCCUGUUUUAACUUCAGUUUUCUAAGUUCCCUAGCUAGGCAUUUUUUGCUAUUCUGACAUUCCUUAUCAAACCAAGUCUGUCUUUUAAACUUUUUGUUUUUACAGGUGAGGGAAUAUGUGGUCAGCAUCUGCUGAAAACAGAAGCAGCUGUGACUGGUACCCAUUAGGACUUUACAGAAGAAAGCAGGCAAGUCCACAGCAGGCAGAUCCAGUGACAGGUGGAGCCAACUGAUGCUGGUUUUGUCCCCUUCUUCCUCACUGCUGAGUUCUACAAGGGCAACACGGAGACUGAGGAGGAGGAGGAGAAGGAAACUGACAGGCAGGGCUGCCCACCUGGACUGGUUGUAAGCAAGAAGGCAGACAGGUGAGAGCUGGCUGAGGGCAGGCCAGGGUGGUGUCCCAUGUGCCCAAAUGGACCUGCCUCUACUGCAUUAGGGGUUUUCAGCUGUAAUGCAUGGUAGUUCUCUCUGGACAGACAUCCCAUUAGGGACAGACAUCCACAUGUGAAAAAAUUCUGGGACACGAUUUAUAACAAAAUGAAAAAAACUUUUUAAAUACACUUUCCCAAAGAAACCAGAGGCUUUUUUUGCUAGGGAUAAUAGGGGAUGAAUUAAUAAAAGAGGACCAUAAAUUACCGUAUUUAUGUACGCCACGACUGCCGCUAAGAUUCUAGUGGCUCAAAAAUGGAAAACCCAGGAAAUCCCAACUUUAAUGGAGUGGCAGACGAAAAUGUUUGAAUACACAGAAUUGGUGAAAAUGACCUAUAAGAUUCGAAACCAAAAAGUAACAAAGUUCGAAGAGGAGUGGAGUGGAGUAAAUUUGUUGACUACAUACGGAAUAAUUGUAGAAGCUUAAAGACUGUAGCAGGGUUAAUAUAAAUCUUGCAACGUGGAUAGAGUGUAAAUAAGAAUCAGUAAGAGAGGAUGUUAAUCGUGAAAGCCGAUGUAGGGAGGGAAGUCCGGGCACGAUAAUGUGCAUGGUAAAUA